AUGCAUACAACACUUAGAGCACUUGAUCCAUGUGGUUGGUACUUUGAUAGUGGUUGCUCUAGGCAUAUAACAGGGGAUAGAACAUUGUUUACCACUUUUAAGGGUUGCUCAGUUGGUACUGUUACUUUUGGUGAUGGUAAUACUUCUACUAUAAGUGGUAAAAGUAAGAUCAAAUUUUCAGAAAUUGGGGAGUUAAAGAAUAUUCUAUAUGUUAAAGGUUUAGCUGCUAAUCUGUUAAAUCCUUCACUGAUGUGUUUUUCUGCAGUUACUGAUGAGGCAAUAAUCUCUUCUCAACUUGACGACGAAGAAACUAAUUUUGAAAUUGCAGGAGAAAAGAAAGAACCUACAAUUCAUGAGAAAAAAAGAGUUGAGAAUUUAGGUGGAAAAGGUGAAGAGGUUGAAGAAGAUGAGAAUGAGGAAUUAGAGGUCACCCCUGAUGAAGGAAUUCUUGCACCAUCCUUAGACAUUCCCACAUCUAGCAGUUCUAGAGUUCGAUCAAGUCAUCCAGUUAAUAAUGUGAUAGUUUUUGAAUCUAAGAAUGUUGAUGAAGCUCUUCAAAAUUCUGAUUGGCUUAUGGCUAUGCAAGAAGAAUUGCUUCAAUUUGCGAAGAAUGAUGUUUGA